UAAAUACAGCCAAAGAUGAAACUAAGCGACAUUACUGUUUCAACUGUGAGGAGUCCAGACAUGGAAAUGUUAUAUGACCAUAAAGCAAGAAGUAUUGUUGAAGCUCUAAAUGCAAAGGUAUAUGGAAAUGGCACUGAAACUCUGGUUCUUGCUCAUGGGUUUGGUUCAGACCAAAAUGUUUGGCUGUUUCUUAUGCCCUAUCUUGCAUGCUACUUCAAGAUUGUGGUUUUUGACUUGGUUUUUUCACCAAAUGUCAAUCCAAAUCUUUAUGAUCCAAACAAGUACUCUAAUUUUGAAGGGUAUGCAAACGAUUUGGUUACCCUUCUUGAUGUGCUCAAUGUGAACCAGAGCACUUAUAUAGGUCAUUCUAUGUCAGCCAUGAUUGGAUGCUUAGCUUCAAUAAAGAGGCCAGAGCUCUUCCACCACCUUGUUUUGCUUAGUGGCUCUCCAAGGUACCUGAAUGCUGAAGGAUAUGAUGGGGGCUUUGAGAGAUCAGAAAUCAACACAACAUUAAGAAACAUCAACCAAAAUUUUUCAAGUUGGGUUGAAAAUUUUGCUCCAAUGGCUGUUGGUGUGAAGAACAAGAAAGCUAUAUCAUUGUUUGAAAAUAGCUUGAGGAGAAUGAAUCCCAAAAUAGCAUUUAGUACUGCUAAAACAGUGUUCUUAAGUGACCUAAGAAAGAUUUUGCCACAAGUGAAAGUGCCUUGCACCAUAAUCCAGUCCAAGAAAGACAUUGUUGUUCCACAAUCUGUUUCCUAUUUUAUGAAGAGAAAUCUCGGUGGUAAAGCUAGGGUUAAAAUACUAAAAGCACAAGGCCAUUUUCCUCAUCUUACUGCUUAUCCUUUGCUUUUGAAGGUUCUGAAGAGGGUUCAUGUCAUUAAGUAGCUUGGUGUGACAUUUGAAUUGUAAACUGUACCUUUUAGGACCAAGUUAAUAAUUUGCUUUUGUGCAAAAGCUUCAUAUAAAAAUUGUUGUCUUAAGUUUGUAAUUGGUAAAUCAAUUAUUAACUGUUCCCUUUUAUUUUCUGAUUUC